AUGUCGAAACCCGAGCUCGUCUUUGUCACCGGCGCUUCUGGAUUCCUCGGUGCCCACGUGGUGCACAAGCUCCUCGAGAAGGGAUACCGUGUCCGCGCGGCGGCCCGUGGAGCGAAAGCUGACCAGCUCAAGGCCAACUAUGCCAACGCCGGCUACGACACCGACCGCUUCGACGUCGUCAAGAUCACAGACAUCGUCCACGACCAGUUUCCGGAGGCGUUGGCCGGUGUGCAUGCGAUAUUCCACCUCGCCUCUCCGUUGCCGGGGAAUCUUCCUGUGGAGGAAAUGCUGAAGAUCGCUGUUGAAGGGACGCUUAACGUUGUGGUGCAAGGCGGGAAGGCAGGGGUCCGCCACGUCGUGGUCACCAGCUCAAUUGCAUCGGUGGCCAACCCGAGCAACAGCUUCACAGACAAAGACUGGAACCCUGUCACCCGCGAGCAGGCGCUUGCCGCAAAUCAAGGCUUCCUGAGCUACCAAGCCUCGAAGAAGCUUGCAGAGCUAGCAUUAUGGGAGUGGGCGGAACAGAACCCUCAGGUCGAAGUGACGACGCUCAACCCGACGUUCUUCUAUGGUCCAUUUGCGCCUAACUCUAUCCAUCCUGCGCCAGGCGACUUCACCGGCAUCUCGACUAACAUCCUGCUUUACAACCUUCUCUUUCCAAAUGGCGUAUUCCCUCCCCGGACGCGCUACAUCGAUGUGCGGGACGUUGCUGCGGGACAUGUCAGGGCACUAAAUGGAGCGCCUACCGCAGAGGUUGGCCGCAAGCGCCUCAUAUUCUCAUCGCCGACCGGCUGGCCGCUCCAGCAGACAGUCGACUACAUCAUAUCGAACCGCCCGCAUCUCAAAGACCGGCUGAUCACUAAAACGCCCGCGAAGGAGCCGUGGGACGUGCUCCCGCUAGACUGGACCCGCUUAGAGCAGGUGUUGGGGAUGAAAAAGGACGAUUUCACGAGCACGGAGGCGACAACCCUGGACACCAUAGACGCAUUAGUGGAGCUGGAGAAGGAGUGGGUCAGCCAGGGCUGGGAGAAGAAGACACCGCCUUCUUUCUAA